AUGCAGAGGGUCACCUCUAUCCUGCCCUCGUGGGACAAAACGAAGACGGGCAGUAAGAAAGGGUUUGACAAGGCGUGGGCGUGGGCGGACAAGCUUGGUGCGCCCGUUAAUCGACUCUCGAACAAGAUCGGCUCCGAAGCAUUCUGGCCUACAACGCUCGACAAGGAAUCAGACAAAGCGGCCAGAAUUCUGAGAUCAUUCUGCAAGGAUGGGUUUUACGAAGAAGAAGACCGGGUCCAGGCGAUGGAUACACCGAAAGGCAAACAAAGAGUCCUGAAAAAGAUACCCGAGAAAGUAAUACAAAAUGCGGUCGGUUUGGCGAUAUUCACCACGAUGCGAACGGGCUUAUGGGUUUCGGGCGCAGGAGGUUCGGGAAUCUUGAUUGCACGGCAAGAAAACGGGGAAUGGUCGCCCCCAAGUGGAAUCCUCCUGCACACGGCAGGUCUAGGAUUUCUAGUCGGUGUCGAUAUAUACGAUUGCGUACUGGUCAUCAAUAACCGAAAGGCUCUCGAAUCAUUUACUCAUGUAAGAGCAACAAUAGGUGGUGAGAUAAGUGCAGUUGCAGGCCCUGUGGGGGCUGGUGGAGUUCUCGAGAACGAUGGAAAAUGGAAGCAGGCAAAUCGCCCGGUAUUCACAUAUUUGAAGUCUCGAGGAUUCUAUGCGGGAGUACAGGUUGAUGGAACGGUAAUAAUAGAAAGGACGGACGAGAAUGAGCGCUUUUACGGACAAAGGAUUGGCGUAGCCGAUAUUUUAGCUGGAAAGGCCCGACAUCCACCUUACGAAAUAAAGAUGCUCAUGGAAACGGUCAAAGCCGCAGAAGGCCGAAACGACGUCGACCGAGUAAUGAUGGAGGAGCUUGAAGAUCAACCUGCGCCCGGAGAUGUUGAUGUAAUGUCGCCUACAACAGCAAGUGGGCCAUCCUUUGGUCUCCCAGAACCAGAUGAUCCAGAUCCAUUUGGCGUUCUCGCGUUAGAGGCAGCGGGGUUAGAGAUCAGAGAAGCAGGAACAAAGAGUCGACCAGCAAGUUCUCAAUUCGAAUAUAAUCCAAGCCCAACGAGUCCGGCUUUCAGCAGGUUUCACCGCAGGAGUAUGGAUACACUAGGGACGAGUAGUAACCGAGAGAGCUACAUCUCUACCAGGAGCAAUCGCACAAGGACGAGCACAGAUCGCUAUACACAGAUGUCGGAAAUGGGUACACAGACUGAUUUCGAUACACCAGGCACAAGCCCGAGUCACACAGAUGAACACAAACGAAUAAUAGAGGAAGACGAAACUCCCAUCGAGAAAGAAGUAGUUAAAACGCCCGAAGAAAUCGAUUAUACCAAGAUGGAUCUCGGGCCCUAUAGCAACCCCAAUCGUAGCGAGGAAUUCGAUGGCACGACGGUAAACGACAGUAUCAACGAUAGCCCAAGAGAACUCGACAACAAUGAUGCAGUUCCCAUUUCCAUCGACUCCAGCUUCGUCACAGAUGACGAAGACGACCUCGACGAGGAAGAGCCAGUCAUCUUCGAAGCCGCCCAGGCUCAGGCGACGAUCGUUACACCCACCGCCAUCAAAGCCCGCGGCGGUCUCGUCAACAUCCCAAAACGCCCUCCUCCACCUCCUCUUCCCCCACGAAGUAUGGCACGCUCGAGUAGAAAUCUGAUGGUCGACCAGGCGUCCGGUCGUAGCCCGUUGAAAUCCGAGUUUGAAGAGGUGGAAUUACAUGGGUCGCCGAGAAGAAGCGUCGAGUCGAGAGCGGAAUCACCGUUGAAGAAUCCGUGGGAGGACCUAGAGACCCCGGAGACUGUAAAGGUUGAGAAAAUUGAUAUCGUUGCUCCGAUUGAAGAGAAAGAUAUAGUUGUUCCUGAGAAGGAAACGAAAGGAGUCGUCAUUCCAGAAGUUGUUCACCACGAGCCAGAAGUAAAGAGGGAAUCGAAGGUUCCUGGGGGAUUUGACGAUUAUUAA